AUGGAUCCCAGUAUGCUUUUGCCAUUCCCCGUCCAGCCAGACGUCACCAACCCACUGCCAUCAUGGAGGAAGUUGCCAGCGAAUCCCUUGUGCGUCCCAAAGUUAAUCCCUCCUCAAAAUACUAUUUCCGAUAGUACCAAGCUCGUAGAAGCCAACGCCCCCUGGCCCUCACAUCGUCGGCAACCAUUCAGCGACAAGACCGAGAUCUCUCAAGAAAGAAUUCGAAAGGGUGAGUCUUCCAUGAAAGUGAAGCGCCGUUUACUUGAGAAAGAGGACUACUUGCACUACUGCGAUGCAUGCCAGAAGGGCUUUAAACAGCAGGACAAAUACGACCUGCAUAUGAGCAACCACAUAUACUGCGAGGUCCCAGGGUGUGGCUUCACCUGUCGUAAUGACCGUGGGUGGAAAAUGGAGGAGCACGUCAACAUGCUGCAUAACCGCCCCAACGCACCGGAUCUUGUCGAUGUCAGCCGCUAUUUAGGCCAACGACGCGCCCGAUACCCCACCCAAGAUACUGUCAAGCAAAAGGUAGAGGAGUUAUAUUAUAAAGCCUCCCGCGGUGCAGUCCUGCCAGAUGAGCGCCGGCGCUGGAUGCGGCAACAUGGUGUGCACAUUGACAAGCGGCAUCGCUCAGGGAACACCUAUAUUAUCCACGGUAAGCUCCCCAGCGGCAUAGAAAAGGAACGGCCGCAGCUGGACCACGUAGAAGGCGGCAACGGCAAUAAACACGAUUCCACGGCUGUGGCAACGGAGGGGUUUUCUGCGGGUGAGAAAGAACCUGAGCCGACCCCACCCACCUGCCGCCCCGCCUCUAGCGCCAGAGGCUCACUCCCCACCCAAAGCACUGACGCGAGUCGAUCCGCGAGCCCUUUCUCGCGCAGCCGUGCUUCUUCAUUCGACAAGGGGUCGUCUUCUGAUCGCUCCAAGUCUUCCUCGAGGUCAUCACGACGAGCUGGCGGAAUCGGCCCCACAGAGCAGCAGGCACCCACAGUGAUACUCGACGGUAAUACCUCACGCGUCUUGGGUGUUGAUGCUGAUAAAAAAGCCCCUUGCGCGGUUCAGGGACCCCUCCCGGAACGCCAACCAAAGCUUGUACGACGGGUUGAGCAGCAGCGGCGCAACGGGCAGGUGCCGCGGUACUACGUCUGCAACCGCUGUGGGGUAAAGGGAAGCCACUGGCUGAGCGAAUGCCCUACAAAAGGGGACCCUCAUUACGAUCGACAGAUGAUCUGGGGGGAACCAAAGCGAGCAAGGAUUGAAGCUGAUACCGCAUUGACUCUUGAUAAUUCAAACACCAUAGGUAAAGGGCAUGGUAAGGAACCACGGAGCAUGGGUGGCUCACGAUCUGAAGAACGCCCAAUAGGAGAAAAACUGGAGGGAGAGAAAGCUGGUGCGGCUACAGCUGAUGAUGAGUGUUCCGUACGGUCUGACACCUCUAUUUCUCAAAAUUCAGUGUCUCAUGGGGACCAUUUGAUUACCAGCAAGGAAGGUUAUAAAAGCGGCCUUGAGUAUGAUGCCCUACCACCGCCUGAAGUCACGGCACGGGUAAUGCCGACAUCCUUAGGGCUCUGCCAACCGAUGGAAAGUGGGGAGCCUGGUACCCAUGUCGAUAUCGAAGCCACUAAGCAAGUUGGUCGGAUGCUCGCGCCUGUAGCAGCCAAGAAGUUCUUGCAGGCGCGAAUACAAGAGAAGCAAAGCAGAGGUAGGGGUGGGUGCACUACCUCGAGGCCGCCGGUGACGUCUGCAGAGCCAACACUAUAUGAGCGUCUCACCGAGGAAGAUCGAUUAAAUGAAAAGGGCUUGCUACUGCAAGCAAUUCGAUUCUUCGUUGCUCGAAACUUUUUCUGUUAA